CAUACCCGCUCUAUAACAUCUCAAACAGAAAUCGAUUUCAACCAGCUGCCAAAUUUUAGUGCACUUCAGCAUUUUCCAUCUAUUAUUUGUGUGCAAUUAAGCACCCUUCCACGAGUUUCAAGAUACGAGCAGAGUACAAUUUCUAUUAAGAUGCAGAGAUAUACAUCCGCUGUUACCCUGAGAGGCAUGUUCCUACUUCUCUGCACUUCAUCCCUCAUUGCUCACGCACGGGGGUCUACAAACAUGGCCGAUGAAGUGUUGCACACGGAGGAUAAUCAUUGCAAGCCGAUUCUUGUAAAUGGUGAAUUGAUGCCUACAGAGCCAGAGUACAUGCCGUCGUUUCCCGUCUCAUUGAAGGGUAUUAAACGAAAUUUCGUUUGCAAGUUAGCUGCACCGAAAACUGUUUCUACGACACCUCCAACCACAUCAAGACCUACACAUUUCGCAUCCACUGAAGCAACAACCAAUUCUAUAAUGGACUCGACCACAUCAAAUCCCACUACAACUACAAAAUCAACUACUAUGCAAGACACCACAACGAUGCCUACGACGGAAGCCACCACCUCACAUUCUAUGACCACUACUCAAUCAACUACGACACAAGUCACCACAAUCAUGUCUACAAAGGGCUCAUCCACCUCACGUACUACAACAGCUACUCCAUCGACUGCGAAGAUCUUUGUGACAGAUGAAGACGUGAUUUUUGUUGCAGAUCUACAAGGUGACCUAGACUUCACUUCAAUACCAUCCACUAAUAAACCACGUUAUAUUACAUAUGACUCCGUGGAGAAGAAGAUCUACUGGACUGACGAGGAUACAAAACGAGUUUAUCGUGCUGAUGUGGAUGGUGCAAACAGGGAGGAGGUCACUUCUGGAAGCAGUAUUGAACUACGAGGAAUUGCUAUAGCCGAGACAUCUCGCACUCUCUACAUCGCGAAUAAAGGUACGAAGAAAAUAACAUCGGUAUCGAUUGCACAAGGAGACUCGUUUCCUAGGGCCGUGAUGAACUUUGUAUCCUGGUUAUCUGAAGAGCUAUAUUCCUUAGAAGUGGAUGAAGAGGAAGGGUGA